CGGGGCAGGAGGGCAGGGGCGGCUCCCGUUUCCGAUCCAGGGCGCUCUGGCACGGCCGCUGCCCUCGCGCCCCUCCGAGGGACGGAAAUGGAUUCGGAAAUCCCAAGGGAAAGGCGCCCCCUUUCGUGCUCGGCGCGGGGCCGGGGGUCAGGCCUCGGGCUGGUUCCGCGUCCCCCGGCCGGCCCGGGCCCGGGCGUCCCCUUGGCUGCGGGGGCGGAGGCGGAGCGUGGGAUCCGCCCCGAGCCCUGUCCUGGCCCCGGCGGUCUGUGGAAGGGCCGCCGACGGGCAGUGUUGUGACGCACCCAGGCGGCGCUCCCCUCGAGUACUUCCUCAGCCCCUCAAGCUGGCGACACCGAGGGCAGCCGCCUCGGGGAGGCGGCGGGGGCGGAGCGCAUUCCUGAUGGGUGAAAUCGGCUCUAACGGGACUGAUUUCCGGGCCUCGCUGCAAAUUCGGAGCCGGGGCCAGCGCCCCCCACCCCUGCUGCCGGGGGCUCUAGGGAAAAGGAGGCACGCACCGGGGAAGGUUCAUCGGGGGGAACUGCCACCCCCUUGAAGAGCAGAAAUGAAACAUAGGAAAAAUGGUGCAGCCUUGGGGUAAAGUAUGUGUUCACAGGGAUCUUCCACGAUUGUCUCCCUCAUGCUGAACCUUCAGGGAGUUCCCAGCUUUCACCCAGCAAAACAUCUAUGAUAACAGUCUUCUGUAAACUGAACUUUUUCAAGAAUUCUCUGAAGGAACCAAGUAGGAUUUUCUUACAUCAUGACUUAAUCUGAACGCAACAACAAGAAAUAAGUUUUCUCUCUAAAUAUAAUGAAGGGUUGUGUGUAAACACAGACCCUGACUCAAUUCUGAUGAACAUUUUAGACAUGAGUUUGCAUCGGCAAAUGGGUUCAGAUCGAGAUCUUCAGUCUUCUGCUUCAUCUGUGAGCUUGCCUUCAGUCAAAAAGGCACCGAAAAAAAGAAGAAUUUCAAUAGGCUCUCUGUUUCGGAGGAAAAAGGAUAACAAACGUAAAUCAAGGGAGCUAAAUGGCGGGGUGGAUGGAAUUGCGAGUAUUGAAAGUAUACAUUCUGAAAUGUGUACUGAUAAGAACUCCAUUUUCUCCACAAAUACCUCCUCUGACAAUGGAUUAACUUCCAUCAGCAAACAAAUUGGAGACUUUAUAGAGUGCCCUUUGUGCCUUUUGCGGCAUUCUAAAGACAGAUUUCCUGAGAUAAUGACUUGUCAUCAUAGAUCUUGCGUGGAUUGCUUACGACAAUAUCUAAGGAUAGAAAUUUCUGAAAGUAGAGUUAAUAUCAGUUGCCCAGAAUGUACUGAACGGUUUAAUCCCCAUGAUAUUCGCUUGAUAUUAAGUGAUGAUGUUUUGAUGGAAAAAUAUGAAGAAUUUAUGCUUAGACGGUGGCUCGUUGCAGAUCCUGAUUGUAGGUGGUGUCCAGCUCCGGACUGUGGAUAUGCUGUGAUAGCAUUUGGAUGUGCUAGCUGUCCAAAAUUAACUUGUGGGCGAGAAGGCUGUGGAACAGAGUUUUGCUACCACUGUAAACAGAUUUGGCAUCCUAAUCAGACCUGUGAUGCUGCUCGACAAGAGAGAGCCCAGAGUUUACGUCUGAGGACUAUACGUUCUUCAUCCAUUAGUUAUAGUCAAGAGUCUGGAGCAGCAGCUGAUGAUAUAAAGCCAUGUCCACGUUGUGCUGCUUAUAUAAUAAAGAUGAAUGAUGGGAGCUGUAAUCACAUGACAUGUGCUGUCUGUGGUUGUGAGUUUUGCUGGUUGUGUAUGAAAGAAAUCUCAGAUUUACAUUAUCUAAGUCCAUCAGGAUGUACUUUUUGGGGGAAGAAACCCUGGAGCCGAAAGAAGAAAAUAUUGUGGCAGCUGGGAACACUUGUUGGUGCUCCUGUAGGAAUUGCUUUAAUAGCUGGGAUCGCUAUCCCUGCAAUGAUUAUUGGCAUUCCUGUCUAUGUGGGCCGUAAGAUUCACAAUCGAUACGAAGGCAAGGACGUCUCAAAGCACAAACGGAAUUUGGCCAUAGCAGGUGGUGUAACAUUGUCUGUAAUUGUAUCUCCAGUUGUAGCUGCAGUAACUGUAGGUAUUGGUGUUCCUAUUAUGUUAGCUUAUGUCUAUGGCGUUGUUCCAAUUUCUCUCUGUCGAAGUGGAGGUUGUGGAGUCUCAGCAGGCAAUGGUAAAGGAGUCAGGAUUGAAUUUGAUGAUGAAAAUGAUAUAAAUGUUGGUGGAACUAACACAGCUGUGGAUACAACUUCAGUAGCAGAAGCAAGACACAACCCUAGCAUAGGGGAGGGAAGUGUUGGUGGUCUGACUGGCAGUUUGAGUGCAAGUGGAAGCCACAUGGAUCGAAUAGGAGCCAUUCGAGACAACCUGAGUGAAACAGCCAGCACCAUGGCACUGGCUGGAGCCAGUAUAACGGGGAGUUUGUCAGGAAGUGCCAUGGUAAACUGUUUUAACAGGUUGGAAGUCCAAGCAGAUGUACAGAAAGAACGGUACAGUCUAAGUGGAGAAUCUGGCACCGUCAGCUUGGGAACAGUUAGUGAUAAUGCCAGCACCAAAGCAAUGGCAGGAUCCAUUCUGAAUUCCUACAUCCCGUUGGACAAAGAAGGUAACAGUAUGGAGGUACAAGUAGAUAUUGAAUCGAAACCAUCCAAAUUCAGACACAACAGUGGAAGCAGUAGUGUGGACGAUGGCAGUGCCACCCGAAGUCAUACUGGUGGUGCAUCCACUGGUUUGCCUGAAGGUAAAUCCAGUGCCACCAAGUGGUCCAAAGAAGCAACAGCAGGAAAAAAAUCAAAAAGUGGUAAAUUGAGAAAAAAGAGUAACAUGAAGAUAAAUGAGACCAGAGAGGACAUGGAUGCACAGUUGUUAGAACAACAAAGCACGAACUCAAGUGAAUUUGAGGCUCCAUCCCUCAGUGACAGUAUGCCAUCUGUAGCAGAUUCCCACUCUAGUCAUUUUUCUGAAUUUAGUUGUUCUGACCUAGAAAGCAUGAAAACUUCUUGUAGUCAUGGUUCCAAUGAUUAUCAUGCCCGCUUUGCUACUGUAAACAUUCUUCCUGAGGUAGAAAACGACCGUCUGGAAAAUUCCCCACAUCAGUGUAGCAUUUCUGUGCUUACCAAAACUGCUUCAUGUUCAGAAGUUCCACAGCUGAAUCAUAUUGCUGAAGAACAUGGUAACAAUGGAAUAAAACCCAAUGUUGAUUUAUAUUUUGGUGAAGCACUAAAAGAAACAAAUAACAACCACUCACAUCAGACAACGGAAUUAAAAGUUGCAAUUCAGACUGAAAUUUAGACCUAUAAAUGCUGCAAAAUAAUUACCACUCAACAGCCUUGUUUGGAGCUGGUGGAACUACAUGUGACUCCUUUGUUUCAAGUUACCAGCAAAUGCCAGGUUAUGUAAUCAUUAUGCAGAUACAUUUUCUAUGUUCAGCAAAGCAUUGUGUUUCAUGUGGAUCUUAAUUACCAAACUAUGAAAUGAAGGCUUUAAAAGUGCAUUAUUAUAAGGACAAUAAUUCUUAAGAGAAGUAUGUUUUGUAUGUUUGCCACAAAACAUUGCUUGAAGCACACACGUGUAUUUAGAUAGAAAUUUGGCUUAAUUUAUAAUCAAUAUAAAAUACUAAUGCAGUUCUACAGCAUUCUUAUAAAGAAAACUUGAUGCUUAGGGAUAAGUGGUUAGUGACAUUUUAUUGAAACCACUAAGGGAUACUGUUUAAAGAACCUUGCAGGUUACUCUCAGUAUAUGAUACUCUUUGUAACAUUUCUAUUCAUAAGUGGGCAUAUUCAUUUUUUUGUUCAUAUGCAAUGUGGAUACAUAAAGCUUAAUGCAGCCCAUUUGCUACCAUUUGGAUACUUAGAGACUUUGAGCAAGAUUGUGGCAGUUUUUGCACAACUUUGAAAUAGAAAUAUCUGGUACUCUAUAAAUCUUAUAUAUUGUUGAUGCCAACUUAGAAGAAAAGUAAAGGUAGGUAAUUAAGUAUACUAACAGCACCAAAUAAGAUACAUAAAACUGCAAAAUAAAAUUCUAUUAGUUUAUAAGUAUUAUAAAAAAUUCAGCUUUCACUAAGGGGAAGUUUCCACCCAUUGAUUCUUGGUGCCUUUAGAAUAGACUGGAUUUUAAGGGCCUAGUUGUUUGAGAAUUUUGCUGUAUUGUUUUCCAUGAUGUCCUCUCUAGCCACCUUGGUUUAUGUAGAAAAAUACAGGAUAGAUAAACAUAAAUAUGAUUAAUAAUGACAAUGCUGAAAAAGUAUUAGCCUACCAAAGACACACUCAGGCUUUAGUGAAUAACUUUACAUAACCUCACUUUAUAAACACAUGCAUAUCUUCUCCAAUCAUGAAAUCAAAUCAUGGCGCAGAGUUUGUACCAAGUACUGAAGGAGGAGUCCACGUGUGGCUGGCUUUAUUUUCUUUUGCUUUUGUUUAUGGAAGAUGUUCAGCUGACAUAAACAGAAGUUGGCCAAAAUACUGCCUGUACUGUUAACUUCCUGUGUAAUUCACUUAAAUAAAACAGGUUAACCUCAGUGAUAGCAGUUAAAAUGUUCCAUCUCAUGUGUUUCUUUUAAGUAUUACCAGUAUGGUGCUACUGAGCGUUUUCUUUUGAUAAAAAGAAAAAUGCCAUGGGCUGCAGUCUUUUUCCAUCACUUUUUCUCACCAGCUCCAUUAAUAUGCUUAUAACACUAGUGCCAGUUAUUUUAUUUGAUAAUGCCUAUUAUGAUAUUUGUAUAUUUGUUUGCAUUCCAAUUUUGUUCAAGAAUGAGUGUGUAAACUGCAUACAUGAAAUAAAUGUAAAUACUAAUGUA